AUGGCAGGCCUAACACACCUGCGCCUAGUCCUGACGCAGCCGUCAUCUUCUGGUCGUGGUGAUGGGGAGCCGCAGGCGUUGAAGAGACGCAGGUCCAAGAAAGUGAAGGAAAUCUGCAUUGCUCGCGAUGAGGAAUGCGUUUUGACUGGGAAUCAAGAGCUUCAUGUGGCGCACAUCUACCCCUUCAGUGCCGCAAGCGCCCAGCAAAUCAAGUCCACUCUUACUCGGCUAUGGGGCGCGGACAGAGAAAAGGCCAUAUCUGAGAAGCUUUUUCCGAACGGCACAACCAUGAGCAUUGAUGUCAUUGGCAAUCGAGGAAAGGAAGAGGGCAGAUGGACUAUCAAGGUCGUUUUCUACUGGUUGAAGCACUGUUCCGUGGCCAAGACGUCGAACAUGGGCAAAAAUAUAUGGGCAUCCGCUCGGGAGGUGCUACUUCAGACUGCCGAUAUACUCGAGGCGCAGCAACCCCGAGCUUUCGACCUGCGUACGGGCGCGCCAAUCCUUAACGGGCAAAUUUUCACCAUCAAAGCAGCGAUGAAAGAUCAUUUGCCCGACUACGACAUCCUAAUACUCCAGUGGGACAUUGCGCGCAUGGCAUCGCUGUGUGGAGCUGCUGAGUCGGGCGACGACUACGAUAAGGACGCUUCUGAUGCAGACACCUAUGAUGCAGACGCCUAUGAUGCAGACACCUAUGAUGCAGACGCCUAUGAUGUAGACGCCUAUGAUACAGACGAUGAUGAAAAACAUGUUGAGGCUGAGAUGGAAAUGACGAAUACGUGA